GCCAAGAAUGAUCUGAAGCGCUAGCUAAUAGGACACGCCUAUAGGACCGGAGCGUGUACGGGCCGCGCGAGGGUCUCGCCUGCGUUCAGCUCAUAUGGCUCUGGGGUAUUUUUAGAACGGAACGAGGGUGCGUUUGGUCCAAGUUGACCGUUGAUCGUUACUAUUCAAACUCCGAGUCGAUAUUCAAAAGGCAACGUCCACUUCAACGUAAAACACAACUUUUUCGCUUCACGAUUUAGCCGGUGAGCUCGUAGACAGACAGGCAAGUGUUAGCACGUCUACGGCUAAAGCUAAAAUGAAUCAGUCUACACUCAGCGAGGCCAUUGAAAGCCAGCUAAUAAUCAUAGCAUGGUUACUUUUAAUGUGCCUGUAGCAGGGUGAAUCAGAAUGGGAGACAAGCCGAUUUGGGAACAAAUAGGAUCCAGCUUUGUGCAACAUUACUAUCAGCUGUUUGACACAGACAGGACUCAACUUGGAUCGAUAUAUAUUGAUGCAUCAUGCCUUACGUGGGAGGGUCAGCAAUUCCAGGGAAAAGCAGCCAUUGUCGAAAAGCUUUCCAGCCUGCCCUUCACAAAAAUAGCUCACAGCAUCACAGCACAAGACCAUCAGCCCACCCCUGAUAGCUGCAUAAUGAGUAUGGUAGUAGGCCAACUAAAAGCAGAUGAUGACCCCAUCAUGGGAUUCCAUCAGAGCUUCAUCCUGAAGAACAUUAACGAGGCGUGGGUUUGCACCAAUGACAUGUUCCGCCUGGCGCUGCACAAUUUUGGUUAAACGCCCCAUGGCUAGCAGGAGGGAAGUGGGGGAAGGUGAAGGAUGGGGUUCUGCCCUGAUGACGCCCGAACCUGUCAAUCAGCCCUUCAUUCAUCACACUCUUGAGAAACGCCACUGGAUUACAGCAGUCAAUCACAGAAAACAUGCAGGCAUAUACAGUACUGCCUCUACUCCAGAAAUGACAUGUUUCUUUGCUGAAAGUCCACACAUCCAUCAAACUGACCCUUUUCCUUCGCCAACCUGCAUGAUGAUGGGGAGCUUAAUUAUCAGAGGACGCCCUGACCAGGACAAAUACGUAUUAACCUAACCUCGGCUGUUUUAUAUUUACAUUUUAGUUGCUGAUUUUGACUUUGAAAUAACAACCGUCUUACUGUCUUUCUUUGCUUUAGUACAAAGUGUGUUCAGCUUGUUUUAGAAUAUGCUCAUUGAAGUUGGAUCUUUUUUUUUUUCCGCCCCACUUGAAAAUUGGUGUGAUGUCAGGUUGCUCUAGGUAUCCAAAGAACACCACCCUAAUUUCCUCUUCCCCUCAGACCAGUGUGCUUCCCACUUUCUGCCCACUGCUCUCUGUGACAAUAAUUUCCAAGCCACGAUACACAAUAAAACCUUUGACUUUUUCUUAACAACGUCAUCAUCUUGUUCAUCCCCCUGUCUGGUUUUGCGUCUACCUUUUUUUCCCUUUUCUAUGCUUACCUGUUUGUGUUUUUGAUACUGCCUCAUAUUAGAUUCUCACCAUAAGAUUUUAGAUUUAUUUGAGCAGAGCAGAAAACAAUGGAGCUGUUAUUUCUCUUUUUACAGGUGGCCAGUGUUUCCUGAAGCAGUUUAGACUUUAAAAAAUAAUGUUGGUUUAUUUGGUAGAAAAUUGCUAUUAUUAGCAAAGGAUUACAUGCCAUUAUUUUGCUAAAUUUUUCCUAACCCUAAAAAUGGUAGAAUCAUAAGUGGAUGCUCUUGUUAAAAAGAGCAGAAAUCAUAUGCAUCCGCCACUUAUGCCACAUAAAUAAAACAGGUUUUGCUAAGGUUAAGAAAGAGUUUGAAACAAGAAGAAAAAAAAAAAAAAGCCCAGAUGAAUCUUCUCGGUGCUUUUAUUCUCUGAUGUACCCUUUCUGUUUUAGUUCAGAGGUUUCAUUUCCCCCGUUUUCCAUUGAUUAAAAAUCUUGAAGAUG